GAAUCUAGUCGUCAGUGACACGCGCGAGUCCGGCGAUAGCAGACCUGCUCCGCUUUGCUCCGUUGUUUCGAUAGAUUUGUAUGCAUGCGCGAUCGCCGCUGCGAGUGCCAGUGCACACACACGAUCGCUGCUGCGCGACUGCACCACCAGCACCGAUCGACAGGGAAUCCCUGCUGCUGCUGCUGCUGCUGCUGCCUCGUUCGCCACCGACUUUUUUUCUCUCGCGGCUAUUAAUACGGCGGUGUGCAGCGAAUAAUUGACUGAUCGUCGUCGGCCGAGGGUGUUUUUCUUGAUUUUUUUUGGAUUGUGGCGUUUCUCGAGACCGGUUGAGAUCAUCGUCGCCGCGCGAUGGCCGAGAACAUGGAAACCGAUGCAGCGGCGACAGCUUCCAGCGAGAUCCAAGCGAGGCCUUAUCAAGUGGACCUGUUCGAGCGAGCCAAGAAGGGCAACAGCAUACUCUACUUGCCCACCGGGUCCGGCAAAACUUACGUCGCUGUGAUGUUGAUUCGGAGUCUCAGCAAUGAUCUUUUAACGCCAUUCGAAGAAGGUGGCAGAAGGACCAUUUUUAUCGUUAACACUGUAGAAUUGGUGCAUCAACAAAGUGCUUUUAUUACACGUCAUACAGGCCUAAAUUGUAAAGGAUACUCCGGUGAUAUGCGAGUAGAUUUUUGGAAUAAUGAAGUAUGGUUACAUGAGAUCGUUACGCAUGAAGUGCUAGUCAUGACUGCACAAAUUUUUUUGGACCUUCUAACCCAUGGAGUAAUAACACUGCAACAAGUAAAUUUACUCAUUUUUGACGAAUGCCAUCAUGCUACUGGACACCAUCCAAUGAAACUAAUCAUGCAAGAAUUUUUAAAAUGUUCUCCAGAUCAUAAACCACAUGUAUUAGCAAUGUCAGCUUCAUUGUUAAAUUCAAAUGUUAACGCCAUGCAAGUAGAACAAUAUAUUAAAGAUUUAGAAGCCACAUUUCAGGCUAAAAUAAUCACAGUAGAAGACCGAAGUUGUGUGGCACAGCACUCUACUAAACCAAUAGAAGAUGUAAGGAAUUUUGACAUUCAUAUAAAAUCAGAUGAAGAGAUAAAAGUUAUUAACUUAGCUAAUAAAGUAGCACGCACAAUAUCGCAUGUUGACAUUCCGUCUGUAAAUGUUAAUGCUGCAACUAGCAAAUAUUUUAGGCCAGAUCCUAAACAAAAAAAGAUGAAACGAUUAUUUGAAGAUAUUAUUCAUCACUUUGACGAAAUGGGAUUAUUGGGAGGAUCUAACUGCAUAUUGCAGCACUUGAUUCAAACAGAAAGAAUAAAAAGAAUUACAGCUACUUCUCCAGAAUUAAAACUUUCUUUAGAUUACGUGACAACCCAAUUGAUGAAGAUGCAAAAAUUAAUGGCAAGUAAACUUGGAGAUUUAGGGAAAACUCAGAUAAAUUUUAAUGCAAUAAAAGAAUAUUCAUCGCCAAAAGUUAUUAAAUUAUGUGAAAUUUUACAUGACCAAUAUAUUCGAGAUGGAGAUAAGUUCUGUUGUAUUAUUUUUGUAAAACGUCGUUUCACCGCUGUCGUUUUAUACCAUAUUUUAAAUAAAUUAAGUUUAUCUGAUCAAGAGUUUAAUUUUUUGAAACCAGAUUAUUUAGUAGGCAACAGUGGCGAUCCUUACAAAAAUGCAAAGGAACAUUUAGUUAACAACAAAGUGAAUAAAGAUGUUUUAACAAAAUUUAGAGCAGGAAAAACAAAUUGCAUCGUGGCUACCAGUGUUAUUGAUGAAGGCAUUGAUGUUCCAGCAUGUUCACUUGUAAUUAGAUACUAUGCUCCAAUGGACUAUCGUGAAUAUGUUCAAAGUAAAGGAAGAGCUAGACAUAAAAAGGGUCGCUUUAUUUCUCUUGCAGAGAGAGGCUUAAAGUAUAAGGAACGAUACGAAAAUUUUCAAAAAACUGAAAAACUCAUGGAACAGAUCCUCUAUGGAUCCAACAACGAUCGUCCAGAGCCAACAGAAGAGCAAAUACAUAAAUGCUUUGAAAAUAUAAUUGCACCUUACAUAGUUAACACGAAUGGAAGGAUAUGUAGUUUGACUGAAGAUUCAGUGAUAAGUUUAAUCUAUCGUUAUUGUUCCGCUUUGCAGUCGGAUCAAUUUUCCACAAUGCUUCCAACUUUUCAAGUACAAACCGUUCGUUCUGAACCUCCUAAUGGUUUAAAAUAUAAGGUUCUAAUAACUCUACCUCCUGCGUCAAUUUUGAGGGAUACUAUAGUAGGCGAGGCAAUGGAUACAAUAAAACUUGCUCAAAAAUCAGCUGCCAUGAAGACUUGUAUAAAAUUGUACGAAAUUGGAGAAUUUAAUGAUUAUCUGUUGCCCAAAACACCAGCCGAAGUUUUAGAUCAAAAGAACGUGAAUAUUUUAUUUCCUCUAUUUGAAACUGAGACUCCUAAUGGUGCAGCUGGUACAAAAAAUCGAUUUAAUUAUCACGAUUAUGUUUACCCUGAAGCAUUUACAUCUUCCUUUCCGAAGCCAGAUCAGCCAUUAUAUUUGCAUAUCAUCAACGUUAUACCGAAUUGUAUUUCUUCGAAAAAUAAAGCUGUCUUAAAAUUUUUCGAAGUAUUAGGUUCAAAAGAAAGAUUAGCAAUUUUGUCAAGGAAAAAAAUGCCAGUUACACCAGAUUUUCCUAUUUUUAUGAAUUCACUUUUUAACGUGACGAUUUCAAUUGAGCCUAACAUUCAAACUUCUCCUCUUUCUGACUCCGAAAUUGAUUCGUUAAAACAGUUUCAUAUUGUUAUAUUUAAUGAGGUUUUAGAACUUGUAAAAAGUUUUAUGAUUUUUGAUUACAAUACAAUUCAAAAUAACUACUUGGUGGUUCCUGUUGAUGAAAAUCAAAAAAUUAAUUGGAAUGUUGUCCAAGAACAUCGAAAAUUAGACAUAGUCUACCCUGACCACCCUAUUCAAGUAAAAACAUCAGAUUAUGAAAACAAUUUUGUUAAGGUGAUGUAUAGAGACUCCAGCUAUUACCUUGUGACAACUGUGUGCGAGUUUGAUACUUGUAAAUCAAGGUUCCCUUCAAACGAAUUUGAAACAUAUGUAGAGUAUUACCAAGGAAGACACAACAUAACUAUAAAUAAUCCUGAUCAACCAUUGAUUUUAGUAAAAGCCAUUCGGAAAACUUUGAACUAUCUUAGACCAAGAGAUGCGGGCGAUGGAGUUUCCAACAAAAAAUUAAGAUACGAAGAUUAUGAAGAAUAUCUUGUUCCUGAGCUUUGCUGCAGAAUGACUUUCCCUGGAGUGUAUUGGUUGAAGGCCAAUUUACUACCUACUGUAUUAUAUAGAUUAUCGCAAUUACUUGUUGCUGAUGAUUUUCGAAUCAAAAUUUUACAAGAAGCGAAUAUUGGUAUCAAGCCGUGGGAUCCAAACAGUAGACCACCACCAUUACCUUUGAAAGUAAAUAAUGACGAAGAAGAGUCUGACAAUUAUAAUAGCUCGGAGGAAAGCCUUGAUGAUACGAUAUCAGAAGAAGAUGAAGAAAGUCAGAAAUAUAAUCGUAAAGUGAAGAUGACUGGAAGUGAAUGGGCGGAAGAACAAAGAAAGCAGUUGGAAGAUCGAGCCAUUGAGAGUUAUCAUUUUCUAACGCCGGAAUUGAAUGAUAUAGCUAGUAGCAAAUAUGUGUGGAGAUCACAAGAAGCCUCAGAUAUAUUUAAGUAUGCUGAUGAUCUCAAAGUAAUCGAUCUUGAAGAUUAUUGCAAGUUUAUAAGUGUAUCUACAAAUGAAGAUGAAGAAAAUCUCAAAAAUAUGAAUGCAAAUAAAAGCAAAUAUAGAAAAGCUGAUUCUGUACCUACUCCUCCUAUAAAAAUGUUUAAGGCAGAUAAUAUUCAUGGGCCGAGUUGUUUUGAUAUGUUACAAGCACUAACAUCAAAAGGCUGCAUAGAUUCCUUCGAUUAUGAUCGAGUGGAAACUUUGGGCGAUAGUUUAUUAAAGUACAUUUCAACUUUAUUCCUUUAUCACAAUUUUCCUGCGCUAAACGAAGGAGAAUUAACAAUGAUAAAAUCUAAAAUGGUCGGCAACCGUAAUCUAUAUUAUGCCGCUAAAGCAAAAAAUUUACCGGGAAGAAUGAACAAUGAAGAGUUCAAAGUUAAUUCACAUUUUAUUGCUCCUUCAUUCAGGUGUGCCUUAGGAAAAGAAGUUAUUGAGGCUAAAAAAUCGCAUGGUGUCAUUUACAAUUUGGAGAUUCCCGACGAAGAAAGAUUUUCGGGUCAACUAUCAGAUGAAACGAAAAUAACCAUAACUAAUCAACUCAUGGAUUACUUUGAUGAAACUAAUGAAGUAAUCAAACCAUCAGGACACGAGCAGUACUUCAAUAUACAAGUAAUGGGUGACAAAUUUGCGGCAGAUUGCGUUGAAGCUCUAGUAGGUACUUACUUAUUGAGCAACGGUAUUAAAGGAUCUAUUCAGAUAUUAAAGUGGUUUGAAGUAUUACCGCCAUCUCUGGACGUGGAUCAUAUUUUGACUUGCAAACCAGAAAAUCCCCUUUUAAGGGAUGUUGAUAUCAGGCCAUUCAUGCCUUGGUCGAAACAAGUUGAAGAAAGAAUCGGUUACAAAUUUAAAAACCCAGCAUUUCUUUUACAAGCUUGUACGCAUCCUUCUUAUGCCUCUCAUUCAGCCACCAGAACUUACCAGAGGCUGGAAUUCUUGGGUGAUGCCGUUAUAGAUUUUCUAAUAACUGCUCAUAUAUAUGAAAAAUCUCAAAGUCUUACACCUGGACAACUGACGGACCUGCGCAUGGCGCUUGUCAACAAUAUAACUUUUGCUUGCCUAACCGUUCGUUACGGUUUACAAAUUGCGUUGGAAAUUGCACAGCCACAGUUAUGGGAGGUAGUCGACAAAUUUGUUAGGUUCCAAGAUACACGCGAUCAUCGAGUCGACGACGAGCUUUUGUGGUGUCUUCUUGAAGAAGACGAUGUUCGCAUGAGCGAAUACGUGGACGUGCCCAAGUGUCUCGGUGACUUGUUCGAGUCGAUGAUCGGUGCGGUGUACUUGGAUACCGGAAAAGAUCUCGAUGCUACGUGGACAGUGUUGUAUAACUUGAUGCACGCAGAAAUUGCCAAAUUCAGCAAAGAAGUACCCAUGCACCCGAUUCGUGUGAUUCACGAGUACCCCAACAUUUAUCCGAAGUGGUCACGAUCGGUCGCCAAAGAUGAUUCGUCAGUGGUAACGCUUACGAUCAUGGACAAGGGAAAACCGCAAUUUUUCCACGGCGUUGGAAAAAAUCAAAAAUUCGCCAAAGCUGCCGCCGCCAAAAUGGCGUUGAAAUACUUAAAGACGCACGAUAUUAUGAAGCGAUGAUUUCUACAUGUUGAAUUUUGUGCAUGAUGACUUAUAUACACGUUGAAGAUCUCGAUGAUCGCAAUUAUUUGUAUCUAUAUAAUGUAUGUAAUUUACAAUUUUGUUACAAAUUGCAGAUGCUUUUAUACUUUUUAAUGAAGUUA